UCUGUAGCACGAAUCCUCAUCUUGGAUCGAUUAACUAUCUGGGUGUUUCUGUUGUCUUUUGCAAUGAAGCUGAAGAAAUUCUUCCUGUACAAGACACACAGGAACCAAAAAGAGGAAGAAGAAGGACAAGAGGAAGAAAGUGGACAGAAAGGUGAUGGACACAACAGAUGAGAACUGCAGUGUAAUCACUGUGGCAAAUGGUGCUCAUCUGAUACGGUGCACUGAGGAAGUACUUCUUCCUUUCUUCACAGAUGAGAGUCUGCAGGCCGUCAUGGACUCUCAACACCCUCCUGCUUCAAAAAGCGUCCCUCGCGCUCACUCAGAACUUAGACUGGUCCUCCUGGGCAGGAAAGGAGCUGGGAAGACUGCAGCAGUCAACACCAUCCUGGGAGGAGCAGGAGGGUUUCAGAGCGGGAAGCCCACGGAGGAGUGUGUGAAAAGGCGAGCUGAUGUGGCAGGGAGAAAAGUCACGGUGGUGGACACACCUGGGUGGGAGUGGUACUACCCGCUUAACAACACCCCCAACUGGGUGAGGAGAGAAACUUUACGGAGCGUAUCGCUUUGUCCUCCUGGCCCCCACGCCGUGCUUCUGGUGGUUCGGUCCUGUGCCUCGGUGAUUGAUGCCUACAUCAGGGAGAUAGAGGAGCACCUGGAGCCGUUGGGAAAAGGAGUUUGGGAGCAUACCAUGUUGCUGUUCACCAGGGGAGACGAACUGGGCCUGACGACCAUGGACCAACGAAUUCUGACGAGUGGCCCAGGACUCCAGAGACUCCUCCAGAAGUGUGGGAACAGAUACCAUGUUGUUAACAAUCUGGUUAAAGGAGAUGGGACACAGGUUAAAGAGCUGAUAAACAAACUGGAACUAAUGUUGGAGGGGAAGAAAGAUGGAAACUGUCAUUUGGAGAUGGAUAAUACAGUUCUGUUGGGUUUGGAAGCAGAUGGGAAGAGGAGAGCCAGGGAGAGGAGGAAGAAACAGAGACAGAUGGAGGCACAGAUGCAGAGAGGGGCCAUCAAAGCUGCUCUCACAAGUGAUCCUCAGGGUUCUGAGCUAGAUGUUCAUCAGUCUUUCUCCAAGGCUCCCCGACGUCUACCCGAGGUCAGGCUGGUUCUCCUGGGUGAGCGUGAAACUGGAAAGAGUUCUGCUGGAAAUACUAUACUCGGUAAAAUAGGCUUCUUCCAAGCAGGCGCGGUAACAGAGGAGUGCACGCGUCAACAAGCGGAGGUGGCCAUGCGGCUGGUGACGGUGGUGGACACUCCGGGCUGGGAGGCAGGUGUGGCAGGUUCUACACCGGAGAGAGUGAAGAGGGAAAUUGUCGGUAGCAUGGCCUUGUGUCCACCAGGGCCCCACGCACUCCUGCUGACUCUGAGAGUGGACACAUUGGUGAGGGUGGGACAUGUGAGGGAACAUCUGGAGCUUUUGGGCGAGGAUGUAUGGAGACACACAAUCUUGCUUUUCACCCAUGGCGAUCAGCUUCGAGAGGGGGUGGGUAUUGAGCAGCACAUCCAGGGUGGGGGCAGGGACCUGCAGUGGCUGCUGGAGAAGUGCAGGGGCAGGUACUAUGUCAUCAGCAGUGUUGAUGAAGGAGGAAGAGGAAGUGGAGGCUCCACUGAGGUGACAGAGCUCCUGGAAAAAGUGGAAAAGAUGGCAACAAUAAAAAAGUGUGAGGCUUUCUCCAGUCUGGUUCAUGAAGUCAGGGAUCUGAGUCGACAAAGGAAUGAAAAGUUCAACCAGCGCCUGAAGGAGAUGAGAGAUAAGAUGCUUCGUCAAGAGGGGGAGUUGAAGAAAUUGAGAGAGAGGGAGAUGAAGAGCAUCAGGUGGUUCUUUGAUAGGAAGAAGAAGGUUAAAUCACCUGGGAAGGCCGACAUUCAAAGGGAAGAAGAGGAGGAUGAGGACAGGGGGAUAGGGGAAAGGAAGAAUGAUAUUGGUGAGCUAGAGGAGAGGAUACAAUGGCUGAUAGAGGAUAAAGAGAGAGAAAUUCAGGAUCUGAGCAUAGAAAAUGAUAGAGUCCACAUAGCAUUGAACCAAAGUAGAGGAGAAACGGAAGAAGCAAUGCUUAACCUGGAGCUAAAAGAGAGAGAGAUUGAGGAGCUGAAAGAAAGAAUUGAUGAGCAGCAACUGAAGCUGCUUGACCUUGAACGUGCCGGUGUAGAAAAUGAACACGAGAGAAAACAGAGGGAGGAUGCCAUUAGAGCAAAGAAACAGGAGUGGAGGGAAGAAGUAGAGAAAUUGGAGGAAACUGUAGAGCUGCACAAGAAAGAAAAAGCAGAGUGGAUGGAAAAAGUAGAUUCUUUAAAAGCAGAAAGGGAAGAGACAAAAAGACACUAUGAUGAUGUUCUUAAGAGAAAAGAACAAGAAAAUAACAGGAAGAUGACAACGCUGGAAGACAAACUAAAAAAAGAGAUGGAAAUAAAAAUGUUUGAAAAAGACAAAGAGCAGGACGAACUGAGAAAGAAAGCCUCAGAGGAAAAGCAGAUAACUCUGGAUAAUGCAAAACAGUAUGAAAAAGAUAUGGAAAAGAAAGUUGAAGAAAUUCAAUCACAUCAUAAGAAAGAGAUAGAGAGAAAAAUGCAAGAGAAGGAAACAGCAAUACAAGACAUGAAACUGCAGCAUCAGGAGGAGAUGGCCAGAAAAAUCAGUGAAAUAGAAAAAAUGAUGGAGACAGCAAAAGGUCAACACCAAGAAGAAAUUGAUCAGAAUUUGAAAGAAAAAGCACAUGAUAUGGAAAGGGUCAAAAAACAGUAUGAAAAUGAAAUAAGGGGCGUACAGCAAGAAAACAAGAGAGAGAUAGCAGAUCUGAAAGAGCAGUUUUCUAAAGAAAAGGAAGAACAUGUACAAGCAAAAAAGAAAGAGAUAGAAGAACUAGAAGAAAGGUAUAAUUCCCAAAUAAAAGAAAAAAUGCUAGAAAAUGAAAAAGACAAGGAAAUUAUUCAUCUAAAUCACAAAAAAGACAUUGUACAAAAGAUGCAAGAGAAAGAAAAAGAAAUAGAAGCUUUAAAACUGCAGCAUCGGGAAGAAAUGACAAGGAAAAUGAAUGAUAUGGAAAAACUGAUGGAGGCAAUGUUGGCUGAACAACAGAAAGAAAUAGACAGAAAAGUGAAAGAAAACAAGGAAGAUGUAGAGAGGGUGCAACAACAGUACAUGAAAAAAAUAAGGGACAUAGAGGAAGAAAGAAAAAGAGAAACUGAAGAGCAGAAAGAACAGUUUAAAAAAGAAACUGAAAAACAAUUGCAGGACAGACAAACAGAGAUAAGAGAGUUAGAACAAAAGUAUACUGCCCAAAUAAAAGAAAAGGUGCUAGAAAAUGAGAAAGAGAAGGAAAUGAUUAAUCAAAAUAAUGAAAAAUACAUUUUGGAGAAACUGCAAGAGAAUGACAGGCUAACAGAAGAGUUAAAACGUCAGCACAUUAAUGAAGUUGAAGAAAAAAUACAAGAAAGUGAAAAGGAGAAAGUAAGAUACAAGAAAGAGAUGGAAAACCAGGUGGAAGUAAAGGAAAAGGAGAUUGAAGAGAUGAAACUGAAUGUCAAAGAACUUCAGAAAAAGCUCCAACAAAAGGAAGAGAAAGAAAUACAUCAUUUAAAUGACCAAAAAGAAGUUGAGCAAAGACUGGAAGAAAAAGAAAAAGAAAUUGAGGAGAUGAGACUAAAUGUCACAGAAAUGAAGGAGAAACUGCAACAAAAGGAGGCGACAGAAAUAGAUCACUUAAAUGACAAGAAAGAAAUCGAGCAAAGACUAGAAGAAAAAGAAGGAGAAAUAAAAGAUAUAAAAGAAAAUUUAAAACAACUUAAACAAACCCUGACACAGACAGAAGAAGGAAGAGAAAGGGAUCAAUUAAAUCACAAGAGACAAAUGGAGCAAAAAUUGGAAGAAAAAGAACGAGUGAUAAUAAAGUUGAACCAGCAUAUAAAGGAUAUUGAAGAAAUCCUGCAAAGAAAAGAAGAAGAGAGAGGAGAAAUUAUUCUAAACCAAAAGAAAGAGGCAGAGCAAAGACUGCUAAAAAGAGAGAGAGAAUUGGAGGAGAUAAAACUGCAGCUUUUAAAUGAAAUGGAGAGAAAGGUAAAAGAAAAGGAAACUGAGAUUGAAAGUAUUAAACAGCAGGCCGGCUCCAGGGAGACGAGAUGGAGGGAAGAGCAGAAGAAGAAGGAUGAGCAAGGAGAAAAUGAGAUGUGUAAGCUGAUAGAAAUCAUUGAUAAGAAAAAUGAAGAAAUAACACAAGCACAGUGUCUUCUUGCACAGAGAGACAGUGAGGUGAAUGAGGCAAAAAAGAGAUGUGCAAACUACUUAGAAGAAAUUGAAAAUCUGAAGGAAAGCAAUAAAAAACAGACCUCCAGUAUCAGUGAGAUACAGCAACACCUCACGGAGCAGGAGAGGAGAAAAGAUGCUGAAAUGAUAGAAAAACUACAGGAGAAAGAAGAGGAGCUUGAGCACCUGCGGCAAAGAGACAAAGAAAAUGAGAAAGAGAUUGACAAACUGAAGCUAACAAUCGAGCAAACUAAGUCAGAGCUGAAGGAUCUCACCAACAAGAUGGAAAAGGAGAUGACAAGCAUGAUUCAGGAAUAUGAAAAGGAGAUUGCAAGAAGAAACAAGAACUUGGAAUCGAUUGUAGAGGAGAAGGACGUUGCUAUGUCUCGUUUGCAGGAAGAAACUCAGCAAAGCAUUUCGUACAUCACUGAGAAAUACGAGGAAAGUCAAAAGAGAGUUGAGGAGCUGCAAGAGCAAAAUGAGAAGAUGAGAAAGGAGACAAACGAUCUCAAAAUAAAGUAUGAGGAGCUGAAGAAGGAGAGUGAAGAAGACGUUAAGAAACAUCUCAGGGGAUAUGAAGAGCAGGUAAAGAGCAUAGAAUCUGAAAUCCAAAGUGUUGUUAAAGAGAGAGAUCUGGAGGUUAGGGCAUUAAAAGAGGCAAAUGACAAACUUCAAGUAGAGAUAGAAAGGAUGAAAGACAGAGACGAUGGGGGGAAAAUGCAGAUGAAUGAGCUGAGAGAGCAAUUUGAGAGACAGCAGAUGGGGAAACAAAAUGAGUUCAGAAUUAAGGAUGAGGUGAUGGAACAGAAAUUCUUAAAAAGGGAAAAGGCAGUAGGGGAAAGGGAACAGGACCUGAGCAGAAACGAAGAAGAGUUGAGCAAAAGAGGACUUAGAUUGGAGGCGACAAAGAUAGAGCUUCUUGAAAAAGAGGCAAAGCUUGAAAGUAAGGAACAAGAGCUUAGAAAACUGCAAGUGAAUCUAGAUAUACAACAAAAAGAGCAAGAGGAAAGAGAUCAAUACGAGCAAGAUGUGAAAAUGAGAGCGCAGAAUAUAGAGAGAAAGGAAAGGGAGCUAGAAAGCUUGCUUAGAGCUCUGGAAGGCAAACAGAAAGAGUUAAACUCUCACGGUCAAGAUCUUCAGAAGAAGGUAAAAGGGCUGAAAGACCAGGGGAAAGAGCUAAAAGAUAGGGAGCACUACUUAAAAAAUGAAGAGCAGGAGUUGCUCAAUUGGAAGUCAGAGCUGCAGAUGCAAAAUGAGCAUGUAAACUCAACAACUCAGCAGUUAGAUGAGAUGGGGAGAGACUUGGCUUUACUGAAAGAAGAAGUUCACAAAAAAGAGAAAAAUUUAAAGAUGUCACUUAAAAAACUGAACAAAUGGGAGCAGAGUCUUGAAGCACGCGAGGCUGACUUGCGUGCAAGAGUGCAAAGAGAUUUAAAGAACAGAAAACAUGAAGCUGAUGAUGACAUGAGGGCUCAGGAGGUGAAUUUUUUCAAUCUGGAAGAAGCAGUUGAGAGCUCAGACGAUCAUGUCCAUAUAAUGUACAAGGAGGUCCCUGAGAGAGGGGAAAAGGGAAGAGGAGGAGAGUCAGAAAGAGCAGAAAGCACAAAGGAUGGGGAGGAUCAGACGAGCAAAACAGUAUUGUUAGCUGCAAAGAACAAUAACUGUCAUCUUGAAACACUAAAAGAGAUAGAGAUGGCUGAUGAAAAGGAAGGGAUGAGAGGAAGAGGAGUAGAGGCCACAAGGAAAAAAGGCAGAGAGGACCUGGAAAGCGAUAGGGUCAUCAGAGACUUGAGGUUGUUUUCUCAGAGUCAGGGUCCCAGAAGCUCAAACAACAAAGACUCCCCUCGGCCAGAAUUGAGGGUGGCGGUGUUAGGGGAGUCCUGGUCGUCUCGCUCCCCAGCCGGAGUCACCAUCCUUGGUGGAGAAGCGUCCAAACUCAAUGGCUCUACCUUCAGGUCUUGGCGAGGUCAGAUAGCUGGGAGGCACCUUGCAGUUGUGGAGCCACUAGGUUUGAGGUGGCGAGACGGACCAGACCCAGCAAACAAAUCGCAGAGGAAAAGUCUUAUCGACAGUAUCUCCUGGUGUCACCCAGGACCUCACAUCGUCCUCCUGCUCAUGCCGGCCUUCUUAACCUGCACACAGAAGUACAAGAGAGCUGUGGAGGAGCACAUGAGUUUGCUUGGGGAAGGGAUUUGGCAGCGCACCCUGGUGUUGUUCACAUGGGGGGAAACUUUAGGGGUGGGCGCAGAGCAGCACAUCAUGAGGAACGGGGAACUGAUGGGGCUUGUGGAGAGAUGUGGGGGCAGGUAUCAUGUGCUGACCAGCAAGAAAACCAACUCUGUGACUGAAGGACUGUUUGAAAAGAUGGAGGAUAUAGUGGCUUUGAACAGCGGAUAGAAGUGUUUGGUGUAGAACUGUGACCAGACAGCAUGAAUUUAUCAUGUAAAU